AUGACUGAAUUCCUGGUUUGUUUUAAUUGGUGCAAUGGUGAACAGCCCCAGCCGAAGAGGCGUCGGAGGCUGGACCGGAAUAUGAUCGGAGAGCCCAUGAACUUUGUCCACACUGCGCACGUCGGGGCAGGAGAGAUGAGCACUGACUAUUCAUCAGCUGUAUCGAUUCAGGACCACAUGAAGUCUAAAGGUGGCUACACAAAUGGCACCUCCUCAACUGUCGAGAUAUAGGAAACUGAAAGCAAGCUGAAAUCUGCCCUGUCAUAUGAGGACAUCCUGAACUGUGCUUUCAUAUUCUCUAAAACCUCUUUAUCCUGGAGUAGGGACAGUACAUGAAUUAUAAAUAGGUUAGUACAAGCUUUGGUGUUCCUUGCACAACAGCUUCGAAGGGAAUUAUUGUAUCCUUAAAUUGGUCUGUCAUGGCAGUGUUGUAGUAGCAACUGUAAUUUGUCACCGUGGAUGACUUCCUAGCUCUGUCUCAAAAAACCUCCCAAAGGUGUCUCGUAGGAUGGGAUUGGAAGUCAGUAUGAAUUGUCUGGGAAUUUGGUCUUUUUCUCCCCUCAGGAAAUGCAGAGGUUGAUUUAGUUGGAAGGUGUUGCAUGAUUUCACUUCUUA